GUUUUGGGGCACCCCAAUUCCCUGACCACGGUUUGAACUUUGGGUGCCUCUGAAUCGUUCUACUUCGAUCCUUGAAAAAUAAAAGAGUUUUGUGUUGUUGAGAUAGUGGUUGAAAAUGCUAGGGGAUUUCAUUAAUCGGUGCCUUAUACUCAUCCUGGGGUAUGCAUACCCUGGAUUCGAAUGCUAUAAAACUGUGGAGAAAAAUAGGGUCGAUAUUGAGGAACUUCGCUUCUGGUGUAAAUACUGGAUCAUUGUGGCACUUUUCACUGUACUGGAAAAGUUUACAGAUAUAUUUAUUGGAUGGCUGCCAAUGUAUGGAGAGAUGAAGAUUGUGCUUUUUGUCUACUUGUGGUAUCCCAAAACUAGGGGAUCGGGAUAUGUUUAUGAGACUGUGUUGAGGCCUUACGUAUCAAGGCAUGAAAACGACAUUGACAGGAAAAUACUAGAGUGGAAGGCUAGAUCAUGGGAUAUAAUCAUAUUCUAUUGGCAAUACUGCGCAAAAUUUGGCCAUUCUGCAUUUAUUCAGGCUCUUCAGCACUUGGCUUCUCAAUCUACAAGACUUUCCUCCAACCCCACUCCUCCGAAAAACGAAGUGCAGGAUCAAAGUGGCGCACAAGUGGCUUCAACGCAAACGCAAACACAAACACAAACGUCGUUGAUGAAGCAAAGCAGUUCCCUGAGCAAAAGCAAGAAGUGGCCUCCAAGCCCUCCAUCAUCCCCAAGCAUAGCCACAAUCCACCGCAAGAUCUCAGAGACACAAAAGUCCCAAACCGAAGAGGAAGAGGCAUGGGAACCCGAACCUGUCACAAUAGACGGUGAAGCUGUGAGCGUGAGGGAAAGAAUCAACAGCGCGCGUGCGAGGCUCAGGCGGAUAGACACACAAAACCCUCGAUCCCCUCGAUCCCCUCGAACCCCUCAGCAUGUUCAACAGUAA